AUGAAAAUAGAGACCAAGAUCAUGGUUCAGCUGUCACCAUCUCGGACUAUAGAGACGUUGACUCCGUCAGAGUUGACAGUGGAGAAGGAGGAUGGCCAGGGUAGUCCUAAAUCAGACUCCCCUCGAGUGCUUACUGCCUUCCAGUUCACCCUUAGCCCCACCACGACCACCUACUAUGGCUACGAGCAGUACAUUGAGGAAGGACUCAUCUGCCUCAAGCACAAGAUCCGUAACAUUGAGAAAAAGAAGCUGAAACUGGAAAGCUACAGUGAGAAGCUAAAGAAGGGAGACAAACUUAAUCAAGACCAACUGGAAGCUGUGGGGAAGUACGAGGAGGUGGUCCACAAUCUUCAUUUUGCCAAAGAGCUCCAGAAGACAAUUGGCGCUCUAACACAAGAUUUGUUGAAGACUCAGCGCAAAGUUGCUCGACAAGAGAAGGUGAUGAGGAUUGAAGAAGAGAGGAAACGUCUGAGCUUGACGCUCCAGGUGCAAUACGUCCUCCACAGUCUGCAGAGAGAGGAUGUUCGGAGGAACUUCUGCAACAUGAGACAACAUUCCCGUUACCUGUCCACACAGGACAUGGAGAGCUUGCUGGAUCUGGCGUCAUUAUUGGGAUGCAAAAGAGACCAUAGCAUGAGUUUAGAGGAUCAGAUGGAACAGGCUGCUAUUGUUUACUGGGAGCUUCUGGAAGGGAAAGAAGGACCAGUUGCUGGCUCAACAUAUAAGCACAUGAAGGCGAAGCUACUUCAGCUAGUGGACUGUGGCUUUUUUGAUCACAUACCACUUUCUAAAGUUGACAGUCAAGAGAAGGCCGAGACCCUAAAGGCAGACCCUCCAAGGCCUUGUGGACUCUCAACGCUGGUGAAGCUGAGCUCAAAAGAAGUGCCUUCCAAAGAGUUUCUUAACAGACAAUACCUACCUGUGACAGACGUCACUGAGCGCAGACCGGAUGAGAAGCCAUCGCCCCGUAGUUGGAAGGAGGAGCUUUUGGCGUUGAAGGAAAGGGAGCCUCCAGACUCAUGGGAAAUGGAGUUUUUGGAUCCUCCUGCAUCCUCUCAGUCCCCCAUACAGAAGCCAUGGAAAGGAGCAGCAGGAUUGAUUCCUAAGACUGCAGACAUCGUAAAGAGACCCACCGUUGACCCCAAGGAGAGACGUCAAAGGAAGACCAAGGGGGAGCAGGACUCUAAACCAAUGCAUGUGGCAGUGGAAGUCUUCAGCUCUCCAUCUCCAUUACCGAAAGACCCUGCUCAGCGCAAACAGCAGCUGGAGUCUCUGAUGGACCAGAUCUCAGGAUCCUUCAGUUUCAUGCAGGAGUCUCUUCUGGAUGGAGAAACUUCCCCCUUAAACAGUCAAACAAAGAGAUGCCAUCCAUCUCCAGGCUCCUCUACUCCUAUUGCACAGAGGGAAUUAACUAAAAGCCCAUCAGAUAUUCUGCCACAAUCCCAGCGGAGCACUCCACUGCAGAUCCUGCUGUCUGGAGAUGGUAAAGGUUGUCUGUCAAAUGAAGACCUAUCUAUAAACGACUCUGACCUUGAUCUACAUCAUGAAGAGAAGCCAAAUAAGCAAGGUGAGCGCUUCACCUCUCCUCCACUGUACCGCAGGGGAUCCUCCAUCUCAGUCCCAUUAGAAAACCAGAGCACUGUACAGGCAGGAAAGCAGACGUUAUGCAAUGGAGUAUCAACCACAGUGUCAGCCACGACAUUUUCCACUCCACCCAGUCACAGAUCUGUCAGUGCAGAAAACACCUUCCAAAACAUUCACUCAGUGUUUAAUGUGGCAUCUUUGCCCAUCAGUGAGAGCUCAGGGAUAAAAUCAGAUGAGAGUGGAUUCUCCGAGUCCAUGCAUCAGAGUUACACAUCGGCCAAAUCCCAGAGUUACUCAACUGCCAGCACCCAGACACCACCUGAACUCAGCCUACCUGAAGAUGAUGUACAGAUUGAAGGCCAGUACCAGCUGGAGUGUCCUGUCAGUGUAGGUGGUCAUGUGUUUUCUGGCUCUCAGCCACAGUCUCGUCCGGGUCAGUCCUGCUACCCCCGUGGUACAGCGAGAGGUGGUUAUGAUGCCUACAGAGUAAAUCUACGUUCUCCUGGAGGGGGCUUUAUAUCCCAGACUCAUACCACACACAGAGACCCUGCAUCUGCCUUUUAUGUGUCCAGAGAGAAUGGGUAUCAGCAGAGCUUCAAACAAGGUGGAGGCACAGCAACUCAAAGGAGCAGUGCCGGUUGGAGUGACUCCUCUCAGGUGAGCAGCCCGGAUCGGGAGCGUGUGUAUCCGCUCGACUCAGGAAUCAGUGACACACACUCCAUCCCACCAAUGGAAGGGCCCAUCACGCCCCAGGGCCCGCACACUCUGAUGCCUGUACACGUGUACCCACUCACCCAACUCCGCGUGGCCUUCUCUGCCGCCCGCACAGCAAACUUUGCCCCUGGCACUCUGGACCAACCAAUUGCUUUUGACCUGCUGCACACCAACCUCGGUGACCUGUUCGACACGACCACCGGACGCUUCACCUGUCCCGCUGCCGGUGCUUACGUCUUCAUCUUCCACAUCCUGAAGCUGGCCAUCAGCGUACCCUUAUACAUCAACCUCAUGCGCAACGAAGAGGUGAUGGUGUCCGCGUACGCCAACGACGGCGCUCCAGACCACGAUACGGCCAGCAAUCACACGAUCCUCCAGCUGUUCCAGGGCGACCAAGUGUGGCUGCGACUGCACCGUGGCGCCAUCUAUGGCAGCAGCUGGAAGUACAGCACAUUCUCUGGUUUCCUGCUGUACCAGGACUGAAAAUCUCUAAAUAGGCACAAAAAGGGAGAAAGGGUCAUUUUGGAUGUUUCUGGAUAGUUACUCUGCACUUUAUUGCGCUUUCGGGUACGCAUGGUGCAAUUGCAUGUUUGAACGUUCAUGUUCAAUAGUACAUAGUCAAUGUUAAAGCUAAUAUAAGUUGUUUGCAGGUGAAAGUUUACAAA